UCACAAUAAACUGGGAGUUCAGAGACAUUGUUAAAGUCAAGAAGCCAACAUAACCCCAGCAGAAUGAAUAACGUAGAAUCCCAAAUGGAGAAUGGACUCUUAGUUGUCCGAGAGAUUAAACCCAAACAGCGUUUCUGCCACUGGCUCGGAAUCUGCUCCUUCGUCCUCUUAUUGGUGGCCACCGUCAUCUUGGCCCUUCUGCAUUUCGAGAUUAUCCCAAGACCUGCAAAGAAGGUGUGUGUCGCUUAGGAUGGCAUGAUGGGUGUGGGAGGGCAGGCAGUGGCAUUUCUUAAAUACAGCUGAAGGCUUGGAGCAGCAUGCCCAGUGCAGGCAACAGUCAGGGGCAGUGUCACCAAGUGUCACUGAACACUGAGCAACUAAAUAGUGACUAUACAGCUGUUGCAGACUACAUUGCCCACAAUGCACAGCUGAAGUGCAAACAUUUAACCAUUGCUUUGCUGUGUUGUAGUCAUGAAUGCCAGAGCUGUUGUUUAGUAAUGAAUAUGUUAUUGUGCUUUGGCCAAACAGGUUUGUUAAGUUUUAAUUUUAAGUCAUAUUCCCAAUACUGCAAAGAUAAUUACUUACGGUUAGAACGAUGAGUGUGUUUAAGUGGGUGUGUUUGUGUGUGAGAGAGUGUGCAUUUUAAGCACAAAUGAUUGUUUUGUUUUUACAGUAAACCUCCUGUAGCUAAUUGACCGACUCUCUUUUUUUUUUCAGAAUGAAUUUGAAAUGCCAGAGUUUGUGGGCAUCAAGACAUUUUUAGGUAAGUUUAACUGAACUUAAAUGUCACUGUUUGCUAUUGUUUGUUACUGUAUCAGGGUUAUAGAGAGGGAAUGGGGACAUACGGUUUAAUACUGAGGAUCUUACACUCACUUCUCAAUUCCUCUUUGUUUUUUUAGAUUCUGUUCCACAAGAAGCUGAGGCACAGACAAGAGUGGCAAACAAGCUGGCCGCCCAUUUGACCGGUAAGAAAAAUAAUUUUCAAAGAUUUGCUCAUUCAUUGAAUUUUUAUUUGCAUCUUUUCUCAACUUGCAGUCUCUUUCCCUUUGCUCACUUCUUUGUUUCCAUAUUUUACAGGUGUUAGAAGCAAAAAUGAGAUCUCCUGGAAAGGGGAGUCCCAAAAUUCCUUUUUGGAGAAUGAGAUGAAGCUUAAAAAUAAUGCCCUGGUAAUUCCAAAGGAUGGGCUGUACUUCGUAUACACACAAGUCAUCUUCACCGGCUUAUCUUGCGUAGACACAAAUGCUAUCCAGCUGACACACAAAGUCAAUAAAUACAGUGACUCAGAAGGAGACGCUUCGCCCAUUCUCACAUCAACUAAAACAGCCUGUGAGGUACAAUCUAAAUCCGCUUGGUUCCAUCCUAUAUACCAAGGUGGAAUUUUUCAGCUUGACAAAGGAGACGUGCUCUCCACUUCAACCACCGACAUUAAAUAUGUUGAUACAAAUAAUGGGAAGACCUACUUUGGUAUUUUGGCUAUAUAAGAAGAUACAAGGUUUGAAUACACCAGCCUAUGUUUCAUCAUGGUCAGCGGCAUCUGAAAAUACAGGAAAUGGCAAGCCUGGUUCUAGAAGGUUGACGUGGUAGAUGUCAACAAUACGUCUUGGACUUACAAAGCUCUAAAACUGUAGUUUAUAGCUAUUUUCCAUAAUAUUUAUGGGAAUUACAACUUCUACAUCCUCGAUGAUCUACUUAGAAAGCAAAGCUGGUGGAAGGUUUGCCAUAGUAUUUUUUCGAUGGAUCGGUUACCGGAUGCCCAAAGAUCACACGAAUGGACAUCCAGAUUGGAACGUCUUGGAAUCUUGCCCUUACAAUCACAACCAUGACUAUGAUUCAUUUUUUUUACUAUUUAUUUGAUUUUAUUUCAGAUCUGUUACAAAAUCCUCUCUUAUUUUGAACGAUAUAUGCUUUUAAUAUGUAUUUAUUUAAUUAUUUAUAUUGUUAUUUAUUUAAAUAUUGUUAUUAUGUAACAUGUAGGAAUGUAUUCUUAUUCUAUUUUUUUUAUUUAUAUGUGAGCAGAGGGAGUCUUACGUUUGCAUACAAUGUAUGCUUUUGUUAAUCUUCAUUUUGAAGAGUGGAGAAUAUGCAACCAUUUCAAACUGUUAAAAUGUCAUAUGGAGGUGUGUUCAAUAACACAUUUCCCAUUCACCCUAGCGGAAACAAUAAAAAUACAAUGGGCAUUAUUCUCAAACAGGAUUAUUCAUUAAGGUGAGAAUUCAAAGAGAAUUUCAAAUUCAUGGUAAAAAAUAGACGGACUGGAAUAACUCUCAAAUAUGUCAAAUAUGCUUGCAGUUCAUCUACCUUGGCCUUAAAUUUAAAUUCACUUUGAAUUUCCAGUUUAGAGAAUAAGACUGAGAGAGUCAAAUACUAGCUGGGGAUGAUGGGAAUUGGAGUGCACUUCCUUGGUCUUAACAUUUUUUUCACUCUUGAAAUAGUCUUUACAAAAAUAAUUCUUUAGAAUUACUAAUUAAUCUCUCAUGAGAUGAGACGAACUAACAAUGAAAGUCCUGCCUCGAAAUUAUGUUGUCAAAUAACACUAGGAGACUCCGUGACCUCUGCUAAUGACCUUGGAACUCAGGGCUUAAAUGUCCUCUCUGUUUUUGGAAUGUAUUUAAAUUUGAAUGUAUUUGAUUUAAUCUCUUCAUGUUAAACCGUUAAACCUCCUAUGGGGGGAAUUAGAUUGGGAAACGGAAAAAUGUUCUCACGUGUAUGUAUUUUAUCAUACAGAUAUAAUAAAUUAUAAAAUUAAA